CACAACAGUUACAAGUGGCGGCGACCGUGCGCGCAGUGCAGCAAUGUCGACCGCGGUCACAGCAGCGUCAGUGCCAGCAGCAGCAAUGUCCCCCGAGGUCCACGAUUUACGUAGGGCGACGCGGUGAUUGCACUGCCGAAAAGCGAAGGCGCUACAAGCGAGUAUUCAACCCGACUCCGUUCAAACACGGGCUGCUUUGUGACGGCGUCUUCGCGGGAGAAACAAUGCCGGAUCCUGGCAGCAGCCUACAGACAGAUAGGGCGAGGGCUGCACUGCAAGGGCACAUGUACGAAACCGACAAGGACUGGCACGUGACUAUCAUUGCGGCUGCCGCCUUCUUCUUUGGCUCGGCGUCCAUCCGCUCCUCGAGCAUUUUCUACAUCAGCAUUAUGGAAGAGUUUCGGGUUUGUCGAGCCACGGCGUCAUGGCCAGACACGCUCAUCGAUGCAACAAGCGAAAUGGCCGGGCUUCUCGUGGCGGUGUUUUUCGAGCACGUCAACCCUUUGGGCGUGAUGACGAUUGGCAGCAUCCUUGCCUGGGCAGGCGUCAUGUGUUCAGCCCUGGCGCCCAGCAUCAUCUGGAUAUCGCUCACGCUCGGCGUCACCCACGGUGUUGGCAUUGGAUUGGUGUUCAGCUCGUUGCAAGUGUUCCUCAGCCAGAACUUCUGCAAAUACAGGGGAACGGCUCAUGGCAUCAUGUACGCCGGCGCAGCAGCCUCGGCGAUGGUGUUUCCCUACUUACUUGAGUACACCACGCGCAUAUUCGGCUUCCGCCUGUGCCUUGUCAUCUUCGGUCUCAUUCUGGUCAACCUCACCAUCAUCACCCUGCUGCUCGACAGAAAAUCCUGGGCGGACGGAGCCAUAACAAGGCAAGAAGCGACACCAUGGGUCGUCUUUUGCCGCUAUUAUUCUCACAUGGUUCUUUUCGUGCAUUCGAACUGA